AUGAGCAAGGAGUUAGCAACAAUGGGACGUGGAGCUUCAAAGGGUGGAGUUAGAGCUGAUCCAGCGCCAAACUCAUUACUGAGUUCUGAAGUCAGCCUGCACGUCUAUGACAUUGUGGUGGUGGGCAUCUACUUUGUCUUCAUCAUUGCUGUGGGAAUCUGGUCAUCCAUCUGUGCAAGCCGAGGGACCAUUGGAGGCUAUUUCCUGGCUGGGAAGUUGAUGAGCUGGUGGCCAACUGGAGCAUCUCUGAUGUCCAGAUAUGUGGGCAGUGGCUUGUUCAUUGCUGCUGGGACAGGGGCUGCUGGAGGCCUUGCUGUUGGAGGCUUCGAAUGGAAUGCAACCUUCCUGCUCCUGGCCCUAGGCUGGAUCUUUGUCCCUGUGUAUAUUGCAGCUGGUGUGGUUACAAUGCCACAGUACCUGAAGAAGUGAUUUGGGGGCCAGAGGAUCCAGGUGUACAUGUCAGUCCUGUCUCUCAUACUCUACAUCUUCACCAAGAUAUCUACUGACAUCUUCUCUGGAGCCCUCUUCAUCCAGUUGGCCUUGGGCUGGAACCUCUAUCUUUCCACAGUGAUCUUGCUGGUGGUGACAGCUGUCUACACCAUAGCAGGGGGUCUCACAGCCAUGAUCUAUACAGAUGCUCUACAGACUGUUAUCAUGGUGGGAGUAGCCCUGGUCCUUAUGUUUCUGGGGUUUCAGGAAGUGGGCUGGUAUCCAGGCUUGCAGCAGCUAUACAAGCAGGCCAUCCCUAAUGCCACAGUCCCCAAUACCACCUGCCAUCUCCCAAGACCUGACUCCUUCCACAUGUUUCACGACCCUGUGAAUGGAGAUAUCCCUUGGCCAGGUCUCAUUUUUGGGCUCACAGUCUUGGCCACAUGGUGUUGGUCUACAGAUCAGGUGAUUGUCCAGAGAUCUCUCUCUGCCAAGAGUUUGUCACAUGCCAAGGGAGGUUCGGUGUUGGGGGGCUACCUGAAGAUCCUCCCUGUGUUCUUCAUCGUCAUGCCUGGCAUGAUCAGCCGGGCCCUGUUUCCAGAUGAGGUUUCCUGUGUGGACCCUGAUAUCUGUCAGAGAGUAUAUGGGACCCGAGUGGGAUGCUCCAACAUUGCUUACCCCAAACUGGUCAUGGCUCUUAUGCCUGUGGGUUUGCGGGGUCUAAUGAUUGCUGUCAUCAUGGCUGCCCUCAUGAGCUCACUCACCUCCAUCUUCAACAGCAGCAGUACCCUCUUUGCCAUUGAUGUGUGGCAGCGCUUCUGCAAGCAGGCAACAGAGCAAGAACUGAUGGUAGUAGGCAGGAUGUUUGUGGUAUUUCUGGUAGUCAUCAGCAUCCUCUGGAUCCCUAUAAUUCAGAGCUCCAACAGUGGGCAGCUCUUUGACUACAUCCAGUCUGUCACCCGCUACUUGGCCCCACUUAUCACUGCCCUCUUCUUACUGGUCAUCUUCUGAAAAAGGAUCACAGAGCCUGGCGCUUUCUGGGGCCUCAUGUUUGGCCUGGGAGUAGGCCUGCUGCGCAUGAUCCUGGAGUUCUCAUACCCUGCCCCAGCCUGCGGGGAGAUGGACAGGAGGCCAGCUGUUCUGAAAGACUUUCACUACCUGUACUUUGCUCUCCUUCUCUGUGGACUUACUGCCGUCGUUAUUGUCACAGUCAGCCUCUGCACAGUCUCCAUUCCUGAGGAAAAGGCAACCAGCUUGCUCGCCUGGACAUGUAACUGUCCCCUGUCUGAGCUGGAGAAGGAGACCUGUGUGAGUGUGAAGGAGGAGAAGGACAGCACUCCAGAGCUGGCAGAGAGUGCAGCUGGGGGAUGCCCUGAAGAAGGUGGAGCAACAGCAAACUCCAGCCAGGAGCCUGAACAACCAAGAGGUUCACACGGGUCCUGGGGAAAAUGGCUCUGGGCCUGGUUCUGUGGGAUCUCUGAGGCCCAACAGCAAGCCCUGAGCUCAGGAGAGAAGGCUGUGCUGGAACAGAAGCUGACCAGCAUUGCGGAGGAACCACUUUGGAGAAACAUCUGCAACAUCAAUGCCAUCUUUCUGCUGGCCAUCAACAUCUUCUUCUGGGGCUAUUUUGCUUGA